CGUAAAUCCAGGGAGAUAAGAUUGUCGGAAACUGCACAUGCAAGCCAUCUUUUUUGCAUUGACCGCUAAUUCGCCAGAAUCCUGCAGCGGCAUUAGGCUUUAAGCUGAGAGGGGACAUAUCUCCACCCUGUUCAACAACUAUAUAUUCAGCCCUGCUGCUUGGUUGAGUGAUCCAACAACAACCGCUCAAUUGUCUUCAACUGCUUCAUACUUUCCUCCAAUCUUCAGAACACCUUCACUUCCGUCCCAUCGUCCAACAUGUCUUCUCUCAAACCCCUCUCUGGCAAAGUCGCCCUUGUCACUGGAGCCUCACGAGGCAUCGGCAAAGCCAUUGCCCUCAAGCUCGCAAGUGACGGAGCAAAAAUCGUUGUCAAUUACGCCGGCAACGCAGCUGCAGCAGAAGAAGUCGUCAAACAAAUCGGCUCAGAGCAUGCAAUCGCAAUCAAAGCCAACGCCGGCUCCGUCUCCGAAAUCACCACCCUAAUCGACUCCACAAUCCAACAUUACGGAAAACUCGAUAUUCUCGUUGCAUGCGCUGGAAUUAUGCCUUUGAACGAACUCGAAAAGGUCACCGAGGAGGAAUUUGACAACAUCUUCAAUCUGAAUGUUAAGGGUCCAAUGUUCCUUGCUCAGAAAGCCACACCACAUAUGGCUCCUGGCUCCCGCAUUAUCUUAUUCUCCACCACCCUCUGUGCGGCUUCAACAGUAACACCAAAUUACCUCGCCUACGUCUCCUCAAAGGGAGCAAUUGAGCAAAUGACCAGAGUCAUGUCUAAAGACCUCGCGAGGAAGGGCAUCAUGGUUAAUUGUGUAGCUCCGGGACCGACGGGUACGGAGCUGUUUAUGCAUGGAAAGAGCGAGCAGGUUUUGAAGAUGAUUGCUGGUUUCAACCCCCAAGGAAGGAUUGGAAGGCCGGAGGAGAUUGCGGGCGUGGUGGGUUUCCUUGUUGGAGAGGGCUCGAGCUGGGUUACGGGGCAGAUGGUCAGAGUCAAUGGAGGGAUGGCUUGAAGAAUUCCUGAUUAAGAUCUGUUUGUUUUGUUGUAUUAUUUCUAGCCAGUUUUGAAUGCAACAGAAUUUUUACUUGCAUCCAAUAUCUUCCCUCUGUGCUUUUAUGUCUUUUCCAACUACAAUUACAGCAAUUUUUCGCUUCCAAACCACAAGGCUAGCAUCUUCUCUUUCACAAAUCAUUCCUGCUCCAUCCAACGUACCACGAACACCAAACCCAACAUUAUCUCUUCCAAUGAA